AUGUAUCAAAUUAAAUUGUGGCCUAGAACUGAAAAAUAUAUGUUUCUAUUAUUUCAGAUUGUAACUGAUUUCAAUCAAAGAUAUCCAGAAAAAAUCGACUCAAUUUACAGGAACUGGCAGAAUGUUUGUAGUUCCGUUCUCCAGGAGAUCAAAGAAAGAAAAAUAAAUGAUUUAUGCGUUGGUGAGACAAAUGAUAAAUCGGCGCAAACCAUCCUUCUACUACCUUAUUUAUUUAAUCCAGUAACAAUAAAAAAAUCUAGGAAAGGCAAUGCCUGGCGUCCCAGCAGAACUGAAGUUCAGGAGAGCUUCUUCUUCCAUUUAACGGAUUUAAAUGAGUUAGAGGCACGAUGUAUCAGAAGAAAGGAGAAGCUGGCGAGCCAUAGUCUUCCCUUACAACCCUUUGGAGUAAUUUUGGGCCAUUUGAAGGACCCCAAAUAUAUAAUCAUCAUCGAUGAAGUGCAGUAUACCGUCGAUAAUGGGUGCCAAGAAAAUUCCGUUUUUCACUGUGCUGAAACAAAUUGCAACAGAAGUUUCCCCCUUCUAAAAUCAUAUCGGAAACAUUUAUCUAAUCACACAGAUUCAGUAAACAAUAUUGGAACAAAUGUUAAAAACAUUAGUACAGAUACUAAAAUUCAACCAAGUCAUAAUUUAUUAGCUGUCGAAACUGCAGAAAAGCGUGAAAGCAUAACUAUUCAAGAAAAUUCAGAAAAAUCUGAGCCUAAUCAGCAGAAUAACUUUUUAACUUUUAAAGAUAAACUUUAUGAAAACAAUGUGAUUUUUAUUAGCAAGCUGUACGGCGAAGCUUCAUUUUCCAGAAAAGAUAUUCAGAAAAUUAUGAAUGUUAUUAAUAAUUUACUUUUUGAGCCAAUGAAUAUUUUUGAAAAAUCUUUAAAACAAAUAUUAGAAAAUCACAACCUUAAGGAUGAAAUAUUUCUUAUAAACAGGUUUUUUGGAGAAUUAAAUAACUUGUUUAAAGGUUUCGAAACUGAAUAUUUAAGAUUUAAAAUUCUAGAAGACUCUAAAUUAUUUAUUAAACCCAUAUCAUUUUCUGUUGGUGAAGGUGUAGAAACCAAAAACUCUAUUCUCAUAAAAAAAAAAUACACUGCCGAGUUUAUACCCCUCUCAGAUGUUUUAAAAUGCUUUUUCUCAAUGCCAGGUGUUUUGAAUGAGAUGAUUAAUUACAUUGAGCAUUUAAAACACCAAGAAUCAGUUAGUAAUAUAAUUCAAACCGACUUUUGGAAAAGCAAAGUAUCAGAUUUCAAAGACAAUGCUUUAGUUUUCCCAUUGUUUAUUUAUUAUGACGAUUUCGAAAGUGGAAACCCCCUUGGGUCUCAUUCUGGAAUUCAUAAAUUGGGGGCAAUUUAUUGUUCGGUAGCAUGCUUACCUCCUAAGUAUCGUUCCCAAUUGGAAAAUAUUUUUUUACUGACCCUAUUCCACACUUCAGACCUGAAAGAAUUUGGUCCUUCAGUUAUUUUUUCCCCAAUGAUAAAUGAAUUGAAUUUCCUUCGAACUGAGGGUAUAACUGUUGAACUUCCAAGAGGAAAAUCUCACAUAUAUUUUAACACAAUUUUAUUCUUAGGCGACAAUCUAGCACUUGAUACCAUAUUGGGAUUUCAAGAAAGUUUCUCUGCAAAUUCCUUCUGCAGGUUUUGCAAAAGUUUAAGAAAAGAAACUCAAAGUGCCACAUUUGAAAAUGAAAAGAAAAUGCGCAACCGCCAAAAAAAAGACUUGGUAACAAAUUAUCCUUAUCUGACAGGAGUAAAAAUCGAUUCCGUAUUGAAUAAAAUAAAAUCCUUUCAUGUAACUGAUAACUUUUCAGUUGAUAUUGCCCACUUUUCAGUUGAUAUUGCCCACGACAUCUUAGAAGGGGUUGCUGGAGUAGUAAUGGCAAGGUUGUUAAAUCAGUUUAUUUUUGUUGAAAAGUAUAUGGACAUAGAAAUGUUAAAUAAUAGAAUAAAAUAUUUUAAUUAUGGCCCCAAUCACAACAAACCUCCGCUUAUUUCAAUUGAGUAUUUGAAGAAAAAUACUUUAAAAAUGUCAGCUUCUGAAAUGAAAACUUUUGUUUCAAAUGCAGGGCUUAUUUUUGCUGAACUAAUUCCAACAGAAAAUAGGCAUUAG